GGCUGGGCGCGCCACCUGAGCCGGGUCAGGAGCAGCUGUGCUUUUGGUGGGUCCCUCUGCAGCCAGAGCUAGGGUUAUUGCUCUGUGAUAGAAAGGCUGACCCAUUCCUGCAGCCAUGAACAUCGUCCUUUCCAGAGAUAGCCAAGUGAGGAUCAUGGAGAACACAGUGGCCAACGCAGAGAAAUAUUUCGGCCAGUUCUGCGCGCUGAUGGCCUCCUACGCCAGGAAGACAGCCAAGCUGCGGGACAAGUCAGAUCUCCUGGUGAAGCAGCUCAUCGACUAUGCGAACUCCGAGAACGCUGAGCUGCGAAGCACCAUGAAGAACUUUGCUGAGGAGCUGGCCAAAGUGCAGGACUACAGGCAGGCAGAGGUGGAGAGACUGGAAAUGAAGGUUGUGGAGCCACUGAAACGGUACGGAGUCCAGCUCAAGCAGACACAGGCAGAGAUCAAGAGGUUCAACAAAGUCAGAAACAAUGAGAUAAAACAACUGGAGAAACUGGAGAGACUGCGGCAGAAGUCACCCUCAGACCGACACACCCUCUCCCAGGCUGAGUCAAGCGUGCACAAAGUCUCAGCAGACGCCAGCCGCACCACCCAGCAGCUCAAGGAAACCAUCGAUGAGUUCCAGAAACAGAAACUGAAAGACAUCCAGAAGAUUUUCUCAGACUUUGUCACCAUCGAGAUGGUUUUCCAUGCCAAGGCUCUUGAGGUCUAUUCCAGCGCCUUCCAGAAGCUGGACGAUUAUGACUUUGAAAGAGAUAUGGAGGAUUUCAGAGCAAAGAUCCAGAUUGCUUCUGGAAAUUAUGAUGCCAGGCCAGUGAGCGCCACAAACCCUUCCUCCACCCUGCCAUGGUCCGCCAGCAGCCAGAGCGUUCGGAGCACUCUACAGAGGCAGGAAGACAGUGAAGAGGACUCCGAAGAGAACGUGUUGCAGGAUUUCAGCAAUCCAGAAUAUGCACAGAUUAGGCGGUAAUUGGACAGCAGGACUAACCAGCCACGCUCAUGAGAGCUGGAUGUAUUUAUUCUUAAUUCCACUGUACAUUCCCUUAUUGAACCUUAGAUUUUCCGCGAAGGCAAGGAACUCUCAAUGAGGCUCUUAAGCAAUUUGGAGCCUCUGUAAAUGCAUUGUUCCCAAGCACUGCGGAGGCUCUAAUUUGGAGACUGAUUCUUAGUACUAGAGGGGAACCAAAAGGUUUAUUUGCAAGUUGAACAUCCUCUGGGAUAGCAUGUGGGGUGGACUGUCUGUUGGCAUUACUCUGUGUUAUUACAAACCAGCAAUGGACCUCAGGUUACACACCAUUGUGCUCGUACAUCAUGCACUGAGUGAGUGAGUUCCAUAUGAACAAACAAAACCCGCUGGCUGAAGUCUGGGAAAGCAAACUUGUACCCAACUCCCAGAAACAGCUAUCCUCUGAGGGGUGCGUCUCCCACAACUGAGUGGGAUCCCUGAAGAAACAAAAACCCUCAUCUACCUACUCAAAAUAGCCACUUUAAAGGCAGGUCUGAAUCUCUCACCAAUGAGACAUGUAAAAAUCACAGCUCACUUCCAACUAACAUACAUCGUCUUCUUUACAGAGUUCUGUCUACAAGUCUGUCCAAUGGGCACAUCCCAGUAGCAUGCAGGAUACCAAUGUUAUACUGUAGGAUAUUGACUAUGUCAGAAGUAUAAUCGCAUUUUCCCACUACUAUAAUUUUACCUACUGAUUAAUUAACCAUGUAACUAUGGUUAGCUCAGUGGGCAUUAGUUGCAAUGCAGUUAGUGACAAUGCAGUUGUCAGUCAUUCGCUCUUUGCUGCAGUUGGCUAUUUCCAUGUGACAUAAUA